AUGACCUCGCGCAAUCCCCGCACGGCCUCCGGAACGUCGCGGAGGGAUCGGGGGGCGCCGGCGCCCCCCGUGAAAGCCCCCUGGAAUGUCCCCCGGCGCUCUCGCCGCUGCCUCCUCCCACCUGCCAACAAGCCCGCAGCUGAUAGGCCGCGGCCGAAGAAGCUCGGCGCUGAUUGGCGGUUCGCGCCCCGGCCCUCAGGCAGCGGACGGGCCAUGUCGGCGGCGGCCGCGGCCCGGGACGGGCUCGGGGAGGGCGCGGGCGGCGCCGCGGGAGGCGCCGAUGGCGGCGGGGGAGGGAUCCUGAACCGCUUCGUGCAGCUGCCGGGCAGGCCGCGGGCGGCGGAAGGGAUUCGGGACCGGGACAGCUCCAACCCUGAGGAGUUCGAGGGGUCUGGGAGCAAAGAAUCUCCGUCCCAGGGGGAUCGGGACCGCGGCACCCCCAUUUCUGAGGUCCUGAGGGAUUCGGGUUCGGGGCACUCCCGCAUCCGGGAGGUCGGGGACGAGGCACCGCUGUCCCCAAGCAAUGAGCAUCCCUGUUUUUCCUCUCUCUCUCUCUCUCUCUCUCUCUCCCCCCCAGUUGUUUUACAUGGCAACAACCUCCUGGUUUUUGGGGGCACUGGGAUCCCCUUUGGAGAGAGCAAUGGGAACGAUGUCCACGUGUGCAAUGUCAAGUACAAGAGAUGGGCUCUGCUCAGCUGCCGUGGCAAGAAACCCAACCGCAUCUAUGGCCAGGCCAUGGCCAUCAUCAAUGGAUGUCUCUACGUGUUUGGAGGAACAACUGGCUACAUUUACAGCACUGACCUGCACAAGCUGGACCUCAACACCCGGGAAUGGAUCCAGCUGAAGCCAAACAACAUGUCCUGUGACAUGCCAGAGGAGAGGUACAGACAUGAAAUUGCUCAUGAUGGUCAACGGAUUUAUAUCCUGGGAGGUGGAACUUCCUGGACAGCUUAUUCCUUGGAUAAGAUCCAUGCCUACAACCUGGAAACCAACACGUGGGAGGAGAUCACCACAAAACCUCACGAGAAAGUUGGCUUCCCAGCAGCCAGAAGAUGCCACAGCUGUGUCCAGAUAAAAAAUGAUGUGUUCGUGUGUGGGGGCUACAACGGAGAGGUGAUCCUGGGAGACGUUUGGAAGCUGAACCUGCAAACUUUCCAGUGGGUCAAGCUCCCAGCUGCAAUGCCAGAGCCUGUGUACUUCCACUGUGCUGCUGUCACCCCAGCUGGCUGCAUGUACGUCCACGGAGGGGUGGUCAACAUCCACGAAAACAAAAGGACUGGCUCCCUGUUCAAAAUGUGGCUGGUGGUGCCCAGCCUGCUGGAACUGUGCUGGGAGAAGCUUCUGGAAUGUUUCCCUCACCUAGCAACUCUCUCCAGAUCCCAACUUUUGCACCUUGGACUGACGCAGGGACUCGUUGAGCGACUAAAAUGAGAACAUCUCCCACUUGUGGCCAAGACUCAACCACGUUGAAGAAUUCUCCCUCCUACCCCCCCACUAUUUAUGGAUUCCAUGGAUGGUCUUGCUAAGAACAUGGAGGAACCUGCUCAAGGCCUUACUCAGCAAAUACAUCAAUGCCUUUCCAGACCUUGUUACUUUUAGUCAUUGGAAAAAAAACAAAAAAAAAAACCAAAAACAAAACAAAUCCCCUUUUUAUUUAUGGAGCUCUAAAGUUACACCAUUAAUCCAAAAGUAUUUUCUGAGAUUUAAGCAGCCAACCAGCAACCUGUCAUCAGCACAUGCUUGCAAAUUAAUUGGGGAGCUUAACGAGUUACUGAAUGUGUGAACCUGUGCUUCCACCGUGGCACCUUCACCUUGGUAUUUCCACCCUUGUAUCCAACGAGGAACAUUUGAUGCAGAACAGCCACCGACCUGGCUUUGGAUAACCCAUCCCUCCCACCCAGCUGAGCUCCCCCCUUCUCCAAGCCCAUCGAGUUCCUUCAGCCCUGCAUGUGUUCCAUGGAAUGUUCCCACCCCUGAGCUCCUGGAGACGGCUGGAACGUCCCUGCAGCUUCCCUGGUGCAGUGUCUGUGUUCUCCCCUUUUCACACUCUAAGGUUUGCCUGGAAGACUGGGGGGGAAAAAAAAGUUGCCACUUAAGGGACUACUGUGUAGUUUACUGGGGGUGGGGAGGGAAAAGGUUUUCCUGAGCGAUUUUCAAACCUUUUCAGCUCACUUUGCACCCAGAACAAGCUACAGCAAACCCUUAGAGUUCAGAGUUCUUUGAACCUGCUCAACCAAUCCUUGGCUCUCAGCAGCUCCCAGCUUUUGGUUUUCCUCCCUCCCCCACGCCCCAAGUUGGCCUUUUUCUUGUUGUUUCACGUUCCCCUGAGGGUAGGAGAUGUGAUUUUAAGCUUUGUGGAUCGCUCAGCCCAGGAAAUGCAGCAUCCAAAAAAGGGGAGAGGGAACAUCCCUCCCUCCUGCUGGCAACAGGGAUUGUCUCUGCACAGGAAGGGGUGGCUCUGGUCCUCUUGUGCUCUCUACACUGAAUUUAUUUAAGUGGCCACUGAACUCUGAGCAGCUCCAGGCAUGAGGUUUGUACAAAAUCCUUUUCAGUUGGAGCCCAUUUUUAAGUGCCUUUUGUUUUUAAAAUCAGCUUUUCCCAAUGCUUUUGUCUUCAUCAAAGGCAGAUGUUCAACUCUGGGGUUUUAGUUUCUUUUUAAAGGAUUGCAUUUAUGUUUAAAUAAACCAUAGCAUUGUCUUCAUGUUGUUAAUCCAAA